AGUCGGCGGCGUGUGUGUGUGUCUCAUAGACUCAUUCCGAAUCCCAGUAGUCAGUGUGUCGUGAGCAGCAUGAGUGGUUGCAUGUCAGGCGGCGUCUCCGCUUCUCCUCACUGCUGCUCGCCACUGCUGCCAUGAAGGCACCCUGCUGUCUCUUGGGGGCGGCCGCCCUGCCGCGUCCCCCAGAGGGUGGUGCCAAGGGCAGCUUCCGUUGUCGGUGGGCUUUUCCUAGAAGCUCCCGCUUUCCAUAUACUUACAUCUUUAGUGUUUGGUGGGUGAUUGUGGUGUUGAUGACAAGUAGUGCCCGUGGCGAGUGCCCCAUCAGGACAGAUGCCCUGGACAUCGAAUCCAGGGCCUUUGUGGCGCCUCAGGUGGUCGAGGCUGUGGUGCAAGAAAUCUCAGUGGUGGGUCAUGGUGACAGAGUGGGUGGUGGUGGUGGUGGUGGUGGUGGCGGGAAUGGGGGAGGAGGAGGAGGAGGUGGAGGAGGAGGAGGAGGGGCGGCGAAGCGUCCAGGACAGCCAUACUCCGUCACCGUCUCCGUCAGUAGAGUGUUACGGCGCUACCGUGGACCUUUCCGUGUGAAGAAGCGCUCCUCUCUCACCCUCACCUUCCGGUACCCGUCCCUUGAGUCUGACAGUGAAAAUAGUCAUAAGGAGAAAAGUGGUCUCGCUGACGAUGACGUCGAAGGAGCGAGACAGACGAGGAGUUGCCUCGUCACCGUUGACUUGAAACCUGGAAGGAAGUACCUUUUCUUUCUGAGCGGUGGAGGAGGAGGAGGAGGAGCAGCGAGUGCGGGCACCACCGAAGGAAGGUCCUCCUCGCCUUCUCGUCUUCCGACGGCGCCCUUUCCUGUGGCACUGCCGGAGCCCGCCAACAAGAAGGCGCGACGCCUCGUGCGGAAGAUGGUUUGCAAAAAAUGCGGAGGACCACCAACUAUGUCGGGCCUGCGAGAUGACUCCGUGGUUCGAGAUUACAAUUUGACCCUGGAAUGCACAGCGCAAGGAAGUCCAACCCCUACGGUAUACUGGUAUAAGGAUGACGUCCUCCUCACCCCCUCCAGGAACAUUAAGAUAAGAACAAGAAAACUGCGACGCAAAAUGAUUCUGCGCUCUCGAGGGACCAGAACACCUAGACAGUCUCCGAACCCUUUCUUGAAUGAGGGAAUAGGAAGAAGAAGAAGAAUUAUUCGACAACGGAGAGGAGGAGGAGGAGGAGUAGGAAGAGAUGGAGGAGGAGGAGGAAGUGGAGGAGUUUUUGGCGAAAUGCAACGAGAUGAAGGAGUGAGAGGCGCAGCGGCGACAGAGAAAAAACGACGAACAAGAGGAGAAGGAGGAAGGCGACGAGAGGGUGGAGAAAGAAAACGACUAACCGGGAGACGACGAGUGGCAGGAGAUGAGGAAGACGAAGAGGAAGAGGAAGAAGGAAGAGGAGCUGGGGGCAGCGAGGGACCCAGGAAAGUCGUGGAAGGCCGGAGGAGGAGACUGAGGGGAAGGAAGAGUGGAAAUGCAGACAGCACCCAUCACAGAAGUGCGGGUGCUGGAUCCACCAGUAGUACGAGUAGUGGUAGUAGCAUCAGCAGAGAAACCUCUGGAGGGCCCAGCAGUAGAAGAACCGGUAAAAUGAUCACCUCCACCCUUGUUGUGAGAGAAGUCAGCGAAGAGGACGCUGGUGUUUACAAGUGCGUGGCGAAGUCAGUAGCUGGCGAGGCAACGUCCCAAGCAAGAAUACGGGUCGUACCGCCAAUAGAUCCACAUCCUUUCGUGGACAAGUGCCCGAUUGCUGGCUACUGCCUAAACGGAGGGACCUGCAUGAUGUUCAAAAUAGUUGGUGAAUUAGUAUGUCAGUGUGCUGAAGGCUUCAAGGGUCAGAGGUGUCAAGAAAAAGAGGUGUAUCCUACAUUCCGGCGCGAUUGUCAUGGGCCAUUGAGACACAUCCGCCAUUCGCGCGGACUACGCUGCCCAAGAAAUCAGCCCACCGCUCUGUGGGAAUUGCUUCAGCAAGCUUUGGCUCGAGGGCAAAAGGGGCCAGCUUGGACAAAGAAUCACUUUUUGAACUGGUCGCCUAUCCUCACCGAACACGCGUAUUGGCCCCGGUAUAUGACUCUUGCCCCUCACUCUCCCAAGGUACCACAACACAAGGCACAUCGCAAUGGUGCACCCGUUCACAAAAAGCAGCCACACCCCACCUUAGGUACUCUGCCUCAAAAAGCUUCCGCCAAGGAAGCGCAGCACAAGCAUCAGCCAACUCAGAUUCCAGUAUUGCUGGACUCGUUAACUACGGACCUCAACCACUCUCAAAGUUUGGAGCAGGAAAGGCAUCAAGAAUCACACUUGAAGGACCACAGUUCCCUAGUCUUACAACACCAAAUGCAUACAGAUACACAGAGAAUUAUGAAUCCGUUGUCUACCUUCAUGACUCCAGUAGAGCAGAGAGUGAGACCUGAUGGUCCUCUAAAUGAGCAAAGAGAUUUUCUGCUUGGUUUACUAUCAACACAAACACACGAUUACAGGGAGGAUGAGCUGGGUGGGCAUACACGUCACCACAGGCAAGGAUCUCAUCACAAACACCACCAGCGUCACUCGUCGCAUAAUACAAGUCCACCACUGCUUGAUGUACACGAAGAUAUGUAUACAACUCAGUCGACAAGAUUGGAAUGGGACCAGACAGAAGAAGCAGAUGUUAGGUUGUCAUCUCCCUCACAGGUGGCAACUAGCAACCUUCCUCCCCAGUAUUCAAACACACCAAAUCCAAAUCCAAAUAACCUACAGCAGUAAUGCAGUAAAGGCAUUAUAG